AUGGCAACGAAAAUGUUAAAAGUAAUUCUAUUGCUUUUAAUCAUCUCAUCAACAUUAAUUGAUGCACGUAGUCGACGUAAACGACGUCAAGUAUCUGGAUCUAGUUCUUAUUCUGCCACAGUUCCAUUUACUUAUCCAUCAGGUUCAUUCUACAGUGCUCCUGGCUAUGGCUAUACUAAUGGGGCCUAUUCAUCGGAUCUACCUUAUGAUACAAAUUAUCGCGUUACUGGCGUCGAUCCUUAUGGUGUCCCUGUAACCUAUAAUACACAAUAUUCCUAUGGUACAGGUGCACCUUAUCAAUUUCCCAAUCUAGGCAGUACUUAUGGAAGUGGUUUAUGGGGUUUCAGUAUACCUGGAUUUAAUAAUCAAUAUCCUAAUUGGAAUCAAGGUAAUAGUUAUCAAUAUUAUACAGGUGGAACAGGUACUGGAUUGACGAACAAUGGGUACUAUUGGUUUCGUCGAAGUCAACCUAUUCCAUUUGGAGAUCAACCUGUUCCUAAUGUGGAAGGUAUUUCAUUUAAUCAGAAUCAACCUAUUUCUACAGCAAAUCGUCCACCAGAGAAGUGA